CUCGGCGGCGCCGCCGUCAGCCCCCUUCGUCCCAUCCCCGCCGUUCUGAGCUCUUCAACUCCUGGGUGCGCUCGCGACCGUCUCGGCUCCGCUCCGUCCUCGGCUGCCUCCACUGCCGGGGCUCCAGCCCCGCGUCCGCCCCGGGCUGGGCUCUGCCCUCUGACAACAAAGCCCUUCCUCAAGAGGCAACUACUUUAAAGUGAAAGGAAUGGCCCCUAUCUACCUGACAGCCCAGACCCACCAGGGGUCUGUGACCUUCAGGGAUGUGGCUGUGGACUUCACCCUGGAAGAGUGGGGGCACCUGGACCCCUUCCAGAAGGAGCUGUACCGGGACGUGAUGCUGGAGAACUUCAGGAACCUGGUCUGCCUGGGACUUACGGUGUCCAAACCUGAUGUCAUCCACCAGCUGGAGCAAGGAGAAGCCCCUUGGAUUCCAGAGGGAGAAAGCCCAAGAAACAGCUUUGCAGGCUGUACUUCUGACUUUCUGGACUUCAACACCGUACCCCAGCUACAAUCUCUCCCUGAAAUCUCCCUCAGUGCCAAGGGCAUCCUCACUUUGGAAGAUCCAUCUACCCCUCUGACCUUCUCACAAUGGAACAUGCCUCCACCACGCCAGCCCCCUUCUCUUGUUGAUUGGGAGACAAAUCAUGAAACCAAGGAGUCAAUUCAGGAGCUGGAUAUUUCAGUGGAAGAACCAUCUCAGGAAAAACUCUCCAAGGAUGGUUCUUGUUUCUUGAAGUUACAUGAAGCUUGGGAUUGUGUUGGCAGUUUGAAGAGGAGGCAGAGCAGUGAGGUGAAACAUUCUCAGCAAGUGAAAGGUUCCCCAAAGAAGCAUUCUAAUAAAUUGAGAUGGCAUGAAUAUAACUAUUGCAGAAAUUUUAACCUAGGGCCGGUAGGGUUUCCACAACCUAAAGUAGGAAAGGGUCCCAAUAAUUGUUAUACACAAGGAAAGAGUUUCAGAGUGAGUGCAGACUUAAGAAUACGUAAUACAGUGUGUCCAAAUAAGAUAUUUUGUAAGUUUAAUGAAGGUGAAGAGAAGCUUUGUGAAUAUAAUGAAUAUUGGAAAGCCUUUAGGAACAGAUCAGAACUUAAUCAAUAUCAGACAAUGCAGAUUGGAGAGAAAUCUUACACAUGUAGUGAAUGUGAGAAGGCCUUCAGGUACAGAUCAGAGCUUUCUCAACAUCAGACAAUUCAUACUGGUGAAAAACCUUAUGAAUGUAAUGUGUGUGGGAAGGCCUUCCGCCUGAAAGCACAGCUGAAGCAACAUCAGAAAAUCCAUACUGGUGAGAGACCUUUUAAAUGUGAUGAGUGUGGAAAAGCCUUCAUUCAGAGCCAAAAUCUUAAACAACACUAUAGAAUUCACACUGGAGAGAAAGCUUUCCGCCUGAGAGGAAAACUCAGCCAACAUCAAACAAUUCAUACUGGUGAAAAACCUUUUAAAUGUGAGGAAUGUGGGAAGGCUUUCAUACAAAGCCAAAAUCUUAAACAACAUUAUAGGACUCAUACGGGAGAGAAACCUUAUGAAUGUAAUCAAUGUGAGAAAACCUUCAGCCGCAGAAUAGGGCUUUAUCAGCAUCAGAAAAUUCAUGGUAGUGAGGCAUGUUAUAAAUGUAAUGAAUGUGGGAAGACUUUUAGGUACUUGACAGAACUUACUUAUCAUCAAAAAAGUCAUGCUGAAAAGAAACCUUAUGAAUAUAAUGAAUGUGGACAGGCCUUCAGUGAGAGAAAGCAAUUUAUUUCACAUUAUCCAAUUCAUACUGGAGAGAAGCCUUAUGAAUGUAAUGAAUGUGGAAAGGCCUUUGGCCAGAAGAAGGAACUUAAUCGACAUUAUACAAUUCAUACUGGAGAGAAACCAUAUGAAUGUAAUGAAUGUGGAAAGGCCUUCCGCCAAAGAAUGGGACUUACUCGACAUCAGACAAUUCAUACAGGUGAGAAGCCUUAUGAAUGCAAUGAAUGUGGGAAGGCUUUCAGUCAGAAAAUAGGACUUAGUCGCCAUCAGACAGUUCAUACUGGUGAGAAACCUUAUAAAUGUGGUGAAUGCGGGAAAGCCUUUCGCCUGAGUGCAUUGCUUACUGCUCAUAAGAAUAUUCAUACUGGUGAGAAACCUUAUGAAUGUAACGAAUGUGGGAAAGCUUUCCGACUGAGAGCAUUACUUACCACACAUAAGAAUAUUCAUACUGGUGAGAAACCUUAUGAAUGUAAUGAAUGUGGGAAAUUCUUUCGAUUGAGAGCACUGCUUACUGCACAUAAGAAUAUUCAUACUGGAGAGAAACCAUUUGAAUGUAAUGAAUGUGGGAAGGCCUUCCGUCAGAAGACAGGACUAACGCAACAUCAGACAAUUCACACUGGAGAGAAACCCUAUGAAUGUAAUAGAUGUGGGAAAGCCUUCCGCCAGAGGAUAGGACUUACUCAGCAUCAGACAAUUCAUACUGGUGAAAAACCUUAUGGAUGUAAUGAAUGUGGGAAGGCCUUUCGCUUGAGAGCAGAGCUUACUCAACAUCAGACAAUUCAUACUGGUGAGAAACCUUAUGAAUGUAAUGAGUGUGGGAAGACAUUCCGCCAGAAGGCAGGACUUACUCAACAUCAGAGAAUCCAUACUGGAGAGAAACCAUAUAAAUGUAGUGAAUGUGGGAAGGCCUUCAGCAGGCGGGUAGCACUUACACAACAUCAGACAGUUCAUACUGGUGAAAAACCUUAUGAAUGUAAUGAAUGUGGAAAAGCCUUCAGUCAGAGGAUAGCCCUGUCUAAACAUCAGACAAUUCAUACUGGUGAGAAACCUUAUGAAUGCAGUGAAUGUGCAAAGUCCUUCCGCCUGAGAGCACAGCUUACCCAACAUCAGAGAAUUCAUGCUGGUGAGAAACUUUUUGGAUAUAAUGAUUGAGAAAAGGUGUAUUUCCAAAGUAAAUAACUUACUCAACAACUAUUUAUGCUAUAAGGGGAGGGUAGGUGUCAGUUGAAUCAAUCAAUCACCCUACUCUACCUCACCUUGCUUAAAAUGUUAACAAUAUAAUUUUCCAGCCCUGACACUUUCAUUAGUUGAGAACUUCUCUGUUGAAUCAAUCUGGCAUUAAGCUAGUUGCCAAAAGUCCUUAAUCAGUUUGGAAGGAAUGAAAUUCAUUGGAUGAAAUGAUGAGAUUUAUUAAAUGGGUAGUUUUUUGGGAUUGGCUAAAAAAAUUCAAUCAUGACCUGUGGGUCUUGGAUAAAAGAGCAAGCCAAUUCUGAAUCUGGAUUUUUAGUUUUAGAACAUCUUAUUGAGGGAAGCUGCUUUGGCCAAAACCCUGAGAAUAACUUCAGAGUGGGAGGACAUAGCCUCUAUUUCCUUUUUUCCUCCCCAUUAACCAGAAAAAGGCCUCAUGAACUUCCAAAAGGUCAGAAGAUUUGUGACUUUUCACCAGUGCCCUAACAAGAGCCCUGGAAGAGCAGUGACUGAUAACAGCAUCUGCAUCAGGAGACAAGAUUAAACUAGACAUACUGAAGAAAGACAUCUUCAGGGCUCUCCAAGGAGCAUAAGGGGGACUUCACCAGGACACCAUAAAGGGUAGGAAAGGAGUUCUAGCAAACAGGAACUGUAAGUUACUGCUUUGCCAUGUGUGCUUUUUAAGCUUGAGCCCACCUUCCCUUGAACUCUGCUUUUGUGGGAAAGUGUGUCCUCAAUUUGGAGGAGUAUUUUAUACCAACUGUUCUUAUUAUGCUACUUUCGUAAAUAGCCCUUUCUAAAAGCUAAUUAAAUAUGGCUGGCUAAUUUAUAUUAUCUGUUAAUCAAUAGUCAGGGAAGUAAACCAGUGGAGCAAUAGUACUGGAGUCUCCCCACCCUUCAACAUUGUCCUCAGUUAAAAAGUAGCCAGCAGCCCUUUUGGGACUCAGUCUGCCAGUGUAAAAUGACAAGUAUUACACCAUGAUUAUUAAAAGAAAAAGCAGUAUAUGAUGAAUAUGGAAAGCUCUUCAGGGCAUAGAGCUUACUGAAAAUCAGAUAAUCCUAUUGGAGAGAAGCAUUAUGAAUAUAACAAGCGGAAGGAUUUCAGUCAGAAUUAUGGUCCUUUGUUGAAAAUUAGAUGCUUGAAAUUUUAAAUGAAGAAAGUGUAUGUCUGCUUUCACUCAGUGGCCAAUCCAAACAUUUUCCCCUUCCUAUUCCCAUACACCUCCCACCAUUCAUUUGUAAUGCAAAUAUUACUUAAACACUUAAUUUAAGAAAAUUGAAGCAAUAAGGCAGCUGUUCACUCUCUAAAUGCCACUCAUAAAAAUUCUGAGAAUUCUCAUCUUUCCAAUCACCAGAGUUGGUAGCCUAACUCCUUAAAAAAGGUCAUUUCUCUUUUUGUGCCUUUAUCCAGUCCCUUCCUUCCUAUUCUAGCAGUCAUCCCUUGUCUUUAAUAUAUCAUCAGUCUAGUUUGCUCAGCUGGCUCUUUGUCACCUCCCUCAGUUCCUUUAAUACCAUCUUUCCACUUAGCCAGGUUCACAGCCCUGGAAUCUUAUUCAGUGUCUCUCUUCUCCACCUCAUAUCUCAUCAAUUGCUGUUCUGGUGGAUCUUACCUCUGCAUCAUCUCUCAUGUCCAUAUCAUCUCUGCAUUCACAACAUUGCUAACCUAGUAUAGGGCCUCAUCCUAUUUCCUGAACUAUUACAGCAGCCUCUUAGUUUGAUUUCUGUCUUCCACUACAGCCUAUCCUCCCCACAACUAUUAAAAUCAACUUUGUAAAGAACAGAAUUAAUCAUGUUACUCUCUUACGUUAAAACCUUGUUUUCCUGUUACCUCCAGGAUAAAGUACAAACUCCACAGCUUGGCAUUUGAAAUCUAAUCCCAGCCUUUCCGAGCAGAGUCAAAUUGAUCUGCUUGUAGUAUCCUCCGCCUCUGUCUCAUCCCCUUGCCUUGAAUAUACACCUCUGUCCUUUUUUUCAGUUGUUUCAUAUGCCACCCCUUGAGGCAAGGGGUUCUUAAU